AUGUCAGUGAAAAAGCCAAGAUUUGCUGUUUUGCUUGAAGAUUGUGAAAAUGGACAACAUGGAAAUUUGACGUUUGUAUCAUAUUUUCUUCAAAAUGAAGAUGAUACUUCUUUAUCAAAUUGGAAUGGAGAGUUUUUGUUUAAAGAUGGAAGUUCAUUGUCAUUUACUGUAAAAUGUUCUGAACAAUAUCCAGCAGAAGUUCCAGAAAUUACAUUCAAAAAAGUGCCUCGUUGUACUUCUAAAAUUCAGUUCAACAGAAACACUAUAAGUCCUGUUUCUCAAAUUUGCAAAGACUGGUUGAACAUUGAUUAUAAUAAACGAAAUCUUGAUGCAUUGUUCACUCUUAUCCAUGAUAAUUUGAAGUAA